AUGGGUGAUGUUGUAGGCUCGUCUCAUUGGGCAGCAGCAAUCCGCGAAGCUACCGCCGCUGUGAUGGAGCUGGUAAAGCGUGAGGAGAUGCAGUCGCUGCUGGGACCUGGAGCGGCGAUACGCCGGCUGAUGGGCCUGUGGUGGCCGCGGCGGGGUCGAGGGCGCGCCCGGUCCGCUGUGUGCGCCGCCGUGUCGCUGGUCUCCCUCGCGUGGCUGCCGACUUUCUCGGGCCUCAAGCUCAUCAUUGACCCCCCACCAGAGCUGGAAGAGAUCGCAAUGUGCUAUCUGCUUAUUUUUGCAUGUACUGGAUUUCUGACCAAGAGCGAGAAGUUGGCUGGCUCUGCCUUCAGCUGUGGAUGGGUCGACUGCGACGAUCGAUUCAAGCGGGAUUUGCUGUUCCUUCUCAUGUCUGCCAGGAAGCCUCUGGAGAUCACGGUGGGAAAGAUGAGCAAGUUGUCUAAACAGAUGUUUGUGCAGAACUGGGAGAUUCCAGAAAUUAGAGGAAGCGUGGAUAAUGUUGUAGGGUCUCUUCAUCGUGCAGUUGCAGCCUGUGGGACUGUGGCCGUUGUAAUGGUGCUGACAGAGAGCGAUAUGCAGACGCUGCUGGGGCCUGGAGCGUUCAUUCGCCGUCUCAUGGGCCUGUGGUGGCCGCAUGGGCAGCGAGGACGCAUGCGGUCGGCUGUGUGCGCCGCCGUGACUUUGGUCUCGAUGGCGAUUCUGGUGGCUUUCUCGUGCCUCAAGCUCAUCAUCGACCCCCCACCUGAGCUCGAGGAGCUCGUAAUGUGCUAUUUGCUUAUUUUUGGCUGUACUGGAGAUCUGUCCAAGAAAGUAAAAGUGAAGGAUGAACAACACGAAGAUCAAGAGUGGAGAAUUAACAUUAAAGAAAAUGCAGAACUGACCUUUCAAAGAAAAGGAGAUUCGACUAACAUCACUACGUCAGAGGACGUGUCAGAUGAAGAGAUGUGUCUACUGUUGGUGAAGAACAUUCAGCAUCAUCAGGUAAUAAUCAGGUCUGUACUCCUCUUGCAGAACAUAAUGAGCGAGUCAAUUUCAAUCCUCCUUUUCGUCAAUAUGGUUGAUCUGUGUGCCUGCAUAUUUGUGAGUGCUGUGCUGUUGCAGAGAGAUGGGAACGUGACAAAGGCGCUGAAGACACUGUCGGUGAUACCUCCUCUCUUGUUCGAAACAGGCAUCUACUGUAUCUUCGGUCAAAUCCUUACUGAUCAGAGUGAAAAACUGUCCGACUCUGCCAUCAGCUGUGGAUGGGUCGACUGCAAUGAGCGAUUCAAGCGUGAUUUCCUGGUUUUCCUCAUAUCCACUGGCAAGCCUUUGGAAAUCACGGUGGGCAAGAUGAGCAAGUUAUCUAAGCAAAUGUUUGUGCAGGUGCUGAAUGGAUCAUAUGGACUGCUGAAUUUGCUCUAUCAUUUUCAAAGCACUGAGUAACUUGUUACUACACUUAAUGUAAA